AUGGGUGGUUCUCUAUUCACUAAAUAUUUUGUGUAUCUCAUUCUUUUUUCGUUAUUCUUUUACUCUUUUGCUAAAUUUAAUGAGCAGGAAUCAAAGGCUUUGCUUGCUCUCAAAGCCAUGUUUAAUGACGCUUUUUUGCAUGGAAACUGGACUGGCAUUCAUUGCUUCAAAAAUGACCCUCCUCGAUGGUAUGGCAUUCAAUGUGUUAACGGUAACGUUACCGGAAUUAUUCUACAAGGGAUGAGUCUCCAAGGGAUAGUAAAUUCUGAUGCAUUCAUGAAGCUUCCUGAAUUGACAAUCUUGAGCCUCAACAACAACUCAAUAUCAGGAAAUAUAAUGGACUUCUCUUCAAACCACAACUUGAAGGAUGUUGAUCUUUCAGCUAACAGCUUUUCCGGGACAAUUUCAACUUCUCUAUUGAGUAAUAGUAUCCUCGAGUCAUUGCAGCUUCAGGAUAACAAAUUGACAGGCGCAAUUCCCCCUUUUAAUCAGUCUAGCCUCAAAGUUUUUAACGUCUCCAACAAUAAUCUCAGCGGCGAAAUCCCCAAGACUCCAACUCUUCAAUCAUUUAACAGUACUUCCUUUUCUAAAAAUCCUCAGUUAUCGGGUCCGCCAUCCUCUAAUCCCUGCAACUUUAGCGAAAAGGAUUCACAAACUCCUAGUAAUGAUAAAGAUUCUCCCAAGUCAGACUUUCCGAAAUCUUUCCUGAUUCUUAUUGUGGUGGCUGGUUUGAUAGGAAUAAUUUCAUUUACCAUAUUUUACUGUUACAAUAAAGCAAGGAAUAGGGAACCGGUGAAGAAGGAAGAGGAUGAUGAAUUGGAAGAAUAUGUGGUUGAAGAAGAAGAAGCGAAAGUCGAAAGGAAGGCAGAUACAGGUAAAGACAAAGUAGUCGUUGGAGGUGAUCAAGAGAAGAAAGGAGGUCUGAUAUUCCUGGUGGGUGAAGCAGGAUUUGAACUGAAUGAUCUUCUGAAAGCCUCAGCUGAGGAAUUGGGGAAGGGAAUUUUUGGUAAUACUUACAAGGCUAAACUUGAAGGCAGAACAGCUGUUGUUGUAAAACGCUUAAGGGACUUAAAACCAAUGAGCAAUGAAGAAUUCACAAAGCAGCUACACAUGAUUGCCAGUUAUAAGCACGCAAAUUUGCUUCCCAUUCUUGCUUAUUGCUAUUCCAAGGAAGAGAAAUUGCUGGUUUUCAAAUACGCAGAAAAUGGAAACCUCUUCAACCGAAUUCAUGGAGGGGUUCCAAGUCAGAAGCGAAUUCCAUUUAAAUGGAGCUCAAGAUUAUUGGUUGCAAAAGGCGUGGCAAGAGCCUUGGAGUAUCUUCACAUUAAUACGAGGUGGCAAGGCAUUGUUCCUCAUGGCAAUGUAAAGCCCUCCAACAUUCUUCUUGAUGAAGAAGAAAGAGUUCUUGUUUCAGACUAUGGUUUUUCUUCAUUAGUGGCACAUCCCAUUGUGGUUCAAAGAAUGGUUUCAUACAAAUCACCAGAAUAUCAAACUAGCAAAAAGAUUUCUAAAAAAUCUGAUGUUUGGAGUUAUGGUUGCCUUCUUUUAGAACUCUUGACUGGAAGAAUUUCAGUUCAUUCUGCCCCACCUGGAAUCAAAGGUGUGGAUCUCACUAGUUGGGUUAUUCGAGCUGUGAGGGAAGAAUGGACGGCUGAGAUAUUCGACCCUGAGAUAUCAGUACAGGGAAGCGCUGGCCACGGGAUGCUAAAACUCCUACAAAUUGCAAUACAUUGCUGUGAUAAGUCUCCCGAGAAACGGCCGGAGAUGGGUGAGGUGGUGGGACAAGUGGAAAACAUAAGAUUUGUUGAAUCAGAAAAUGAAGAAGAUUCAGUGGAUCAAUCCUUCACAGAUGAAUCUAUAUCAACCAAUGCCUCAAGAUAG